AUGACGCACACAACGACGACGUCCGUCGUCGUUUCACCACGACCCCAACACAACACCACGGCCACGACACGGAAACGACGCCCCAACGCCACGUCACCAGCCUCAGUAAACGAGCGCGCCAACACGUUGCCACGUCGCUAUCAGCGACGUGGUGAGCACCCCCCAUCCCAAGCUCGUCCCACCCAGCCUGCUAACACCAGGCACACGACAAGGGACAACCACGUCAACGCACGACCACGACCACCACGCCCACAGACAACGACACGCCUCACCACGUCAACGGAGGGCCACGCCAACAAACGACACGCCCACGACGACACCACCACCACGUCAAUGGGCGACGACCGCGUCAACGGACGCCCACGUCAACGGACGACGACAACGUCAACAGACGACGAGCACGUUAGUGGACGACGAGCAACCACCGCCACGUCAACAGACGACGACGACGAAGCCAACGGACGACGACAACGCCAACGGACGACGACGCCAACGGCCGACGACAACAACGCCGCCACGUACACACGGCGACGAGUGUUGUCCCUCCCCCUUUUCUUUCCCUCCCCCCUUCCUCCUUUCCUUUUCCCUUCCCCUGUCCCUCCCCAUUUCCAUGUACCCCUUUCCUUUCUCCUCCCUCUUUCUCUUUCUGUCCCUCCUCAUUUCCCUGUCCCUACUCCCUUCCCUGUCCCUACACCCUUCCCCCUUCCUUUUCCCUGUCCCUACACCCUUCCCCCUACCUUUUCCCUCCCCCUUCCCUGCCCAUCCCUUCCUUCCUCCACCCCCAUUUAUUUCUGCCCCCCUCCUCCCCCCCUUCCUUUAACUUAG